AUGUCGGAGCAGUCCUUUGGGUUGGCCGAUGUUGAUGGAAAGUUGCAAAUUGUGGCUACGGGAAGAGAUACGGCAGGGUGUUGGGUCACAGUCUCGGAGAGCGACGAGACGUGGAAUAUUGGGGCAGCCGCGGCUACCAGGCAACUUCUCGACAACACGCCUGUCUGGAAGGCUCGGCGGCUCGAUGCCGAACUCAUGGUCGAGAAUGAGUACCUGCCAAGACUGUGGCAAUCGCACUUAAUACCUUCACUAGGACACCUACCAGUGGCGAACUUGGGCAUAGGGGUAAAGCUGUCGCCGAGGGUCGAGGCGCUGAGACGGUAG